CUAAAGAAGAAUUGGUUUGAAAGAGGAAGACUUGAGUUGUUGUUAGUGGAAGCUUUAACGGAUAUUGCUAGAUCAUUGCUAGAGUUUCUCUCUUACGUAUGCCUUAAGAGUUAAGUGUUCGGUGGAUCGAAGAAAUAAAAUCCCCGUCUUCUAAUCACGCUGUCUUUUACAAACUUUACUUCCACAACUAUAGACAAGUUUACAGCGAGCUAGUAACUCGUUAUAUAAACUUUAAAAGGUGCCUUUAAUUCGCUGAACAAUCAACGAACGACAGUGCCAUGGAAGGGAUGUGUAAAUGUCCUUUAGUUCUAUUGGGAGUUCUCUUUCUUAAUCUAGGAACUGUGUUAGGACAUCUAGAGUGGACAUGUACAUUAGAAACAAAACGAGAAGCCCCACGGGGUGUGUGUGGUCGACGGUUACCAGAUCUAUUGUCUCUAGUUUGUGUAUCAUUUGGUGGUUACAGAGAAAAAUGGUUCAGAAAAAGAAGUGAUGAAGAUACAGCCCAUAAUUUGAAAAAUAUAAUUCUUGGAAAACGAGAUGCCUUUUCCUAUUUGAGUAAGAGAAGAUCAUCAUAUGGAGAACAGGGGAUAACAUGUGAGUGUUGCUAUCACGCCUGCAGCUUUAGAGAACUUAGGCAAUACUGUAAAGAUCCCAACCAAAUCAAGAAACGUUCCGUUUUAAUUGGAAAUAAGUAAAACACUUCAGACCAAAUGUAUAAUUGCUACGAAACUGACAGGAUAGUAAGCAGAGGGGACAAGCUUCAUUUUGUGGAAGAUACAGAAGUUGAGUCAGGUUUCGUUUUAAAAGUCAACAAACAUCUACCGAAGUCAAACUAUUUUUUGCAUAUAGAUGAUUAGGCUGUAUAACAUUGUAUGAUCUAAUCACCAGACUUAUGAUAGUUUUAUCGUAAAACCGUGACUUUAAUAAUAUUACAUACCUAGUCAUAUUCAUACUGUUAUUCGAAAGUGUGAUAUACAGUUCUUAAAAUGUGUUGUGAACUUUUUGAUAAAGACAUUUCUAUUUUUAAUUAAGACAGAACGAUCUGGCGACAUAAGUGGAACAAUCUUUCUAUUUAAAAAAUACCCCUGGUAUUCAAACCAAAUGGUCUCGGAUCUAGAAAGAUCUCUGAUUGAGAUUUCUUUAAACGACUUGAAUAAUAACUCUAUUUCUUUAUUGAACCAGAGACGCCUCUGAUUGUACUGAAGUGGAUACUGGCAUAGAAAAAAUGUUUUCAGUGCGGAAGUAAAGUCGGCCUUCCUACCGGAUUGGUGGCAGUAAUUCAAUGAGGCUACAACAGACAACUGUAAAUGAGGGCGCAGAUGUUUGUAAUUUGAUCAAAGAAGAUGUCGGCCAUAUCGGUCCGUCUGUUCACUUCUGGUGAUAAUUACAGAUUAGUCUCGCGUAAUUAAUAGAUAAUUAUUAAUUAAUAUCAGAAAAUCUGGCUUGUCUUUCUUUAUCCCCAGUGACAUUCAUUGCUCCAGUCAAAGGUAUCUACCAAUUAGGUCUUGUGUUAGAAAGCAAAAAUCGCGAAGGACAUCAGGUGUAGUGAUAUCUAAGUAAAGACAUACGAAUUCGUAUUAAUAAACUUUAACAAAGAGUGCUUUGGUUAAUAAUUAUGGGAUUUCCUGUGAUAGGUUAAACAAGUGUAAGUUAAAUUUGUAGACCAAUCCCAUCCCAGGAAAUAUGUUUUUCUAAAUAAAGAAUAAAUAUAACAGUUGUGGAAAACAUUGGUUUAAUCUAUAAACAGUGCAGGGUUUAUUUAAAACCUCCAGUGAACAUAAAGCAUACAAACUUGAAACUAUAUCAGUAAUAGAUUGUCUUUGUUGGGUUUUUUUUUCUUAUGGAUAUUUCUUUUGUUAACAGUGGGGCAUGGUUGAUACUAAUGGUGUUAUUUAUCGUUUCUAUAGUUAUUCUUAAUUUUGCUACUUGUCAUUUAUGUUAUCACACAUUGUUGUUACGUUACCGUUUGCAAUAUGUCAUAUCUCACAUUGGUACCUAGUGGGGUGGGGGGGGGGCGAAUGGUUAGCACGUGCACGCUGUAUCAUAAGGUCUGUCAUUGAGUCAACUGGCGGGGUUUCGAUUCCCCGGUUGUGCGUGAGUAGGAUUAUGAUCGCCUGUCCAACCUCGUGGGUUUUCUCCGGGUCCUCCGGUUUCCUCCCAUUGCUAAAGACCCCUACACGCAAGCGAAUCAUUGAAAUAAAAAUGAACCAUGUGUUAGUCCCGAAAUGACCUAGUUUGUGUCGAGUGGACGUUAAACCUCAUUUCUAUCUCUAUCUCACAUUGGUAUUUACAAUGUCAUGAAAAUGGAAGGUAAAGAAGCUUGGAAACAGAUGGUAACCUUGUAGUUAAUAACACGAUAGUAUUCGCCGUAGUAUUAAAUAGUGAUCUUUAAAUUUUUAAAACCGAACCAGAUCCUUAGCCCCGGGCUGCUUUGAUUUACUAAUAGAUAUGUAUUGUUUGAGUAUAGUCUAGUCCAUAUAUAUAUAUCGAUAAGCAUACAAGAAAGUAUUAUUAAGCUACGACUACAUUACUUUUAAACAUCCAUUGACUUUUGUAGAAGUUUGUUGGAAAAUGCGAAUUUGUGUCAUUGUGUUGACUAGAACGACAAGACGCUGUUUUAUCUUGAAUUCUUUAAUAAUGCUUCAUUUUCUAACCCAGACAUUCUUUGAAAGGUUAUACAUUAACUUUUAACAAUGAAAUGCGUCUUCGGUUUCGGAAAAACCUGACGUCCCAUUUGCAUAACUACCGUACUUACUUCUUCAAUAACCUUAUCAAACACGAAUUGGAAGUUCGAAAAACUAUACAUUAAUAGCACAAAAACAAAUUGUUUUUGCAUAUAUCCAGAAUCGAUAUGUCAGGUCUUUAAAAAAAAAUUUUAUAGCAUUUAAAUGAAAUGUUCAAGUGUUCUUCAAUCAAAAGUUGUGGGAUAUUUUACGAUGGCUAUGGUAACACAUUGAUUCUGCUGAAAUAAAGGCUGUUCGUAAAACA